AGUUGACAGUCAGUUGUUAUAGUGAAAGGACCUCCGUAACAGGAAGUUAAAAUUUUCUUAAAAUCUGUUACGGAAAUUGGUAUUGAAAUUUCUCAGUCUUACAUUCUGUAAGCACAGCAUGGCGGCGGCGGCGGCGGCGACCAUGGAGCCCGGCAUGAGCCUGCUGGUGACGGCGGAGGCCCUCGUCAUGAGCUUGGCCUUCAUGAACGGCUUCGUGGCCAACGUGAUGGCCAUCGUGACCGCGGCCUUCUCGCCGCACCUCCGCCACACCAGGGUCUACAUCAUCAACCGCGCCGUCGCCGACAUCCUCUUCCUCCUGCCGGUUCCCCUGGACGUGGCGUCGCACCUGCAGGACUCAUGGGUGUUCAGCCCCGUCCUGUGCAAGCUGCGCUGCGCCCUGGCCUUCACCGGCCUGCUGGCCAGCUCCUCCCUGCUGGUAGGCCUGGCCCUGGAGGUCUACGUGACCCUCGCGCGCCCCCGCGCCUCCAGGAAGUUCCACUCGGCGCUGGCCAAGGUGGUGUGCAGCCUCGCGUGGGCGGCCUUCCUCGUGCUCACGCUGCCGAUCCUCAUCCAAUCAGAGGUCCUGAAGGAGGUGUCCCGCGAGCGCUUCCACUGCGUGUCGCUGCCCCUGUCCCUGGCCACGCCCGCGGGCCACGUCCUCCGCUUCCUCGCCGUCGUGGUGGCCUUCCUGGUACCCCUGCUGGCGUGCUGGCUCCUCGUGCGCCUCACGGCCUCCUCCGGAUGGCAGCACGUGGUGGGCGUGGCGGAGAGCCCGACCAAGGGGCAGCCCGUUGGCCUCUGGCACCCGCGCAAGUUCCAGCUAUACCUCGUGGGCGUGUUCACGGCGUGCCACCUGCCCUACUGGCUGCCGCAGCUGCUGAAGGAGAGCCUGCGGGAGGGCGUCGUCAGCGAGACAGCCAUGUCCCUCUUCCCGGCCACCAUGUGCCUGCCCUCCGUCUGCGCCGCCGUCAACCCGGUCAUCUGCCUCCUGUUUAACAAGGCCCUGAAGAAGAGGAUGCUGAGCGAGAGGGCGGAGGCGGUGGCGCAGGAACAGCCGGCCAUCCCGCUGCAGCCGCUCUGACCGCCUUGCCCCUCCCCCCCUCUCUCCCUUCCUCCCUCCCUCCCUUUCUCCCUCCCUCCCUCCUAUUCUCCUUUGCCCUUCAUCCUUCUCUCCUUCCUUUUUCUAGUUCCUCCUCUUGGCUCUUUGCUUGCAUCUUCUUUCCUCUUCUCUCUUCCAUCCUCCGCCUCCUUGCCUUGGUC